UUGCUGGGCUGUCUGGAUGUGCCACUGCCUGAUCCUCUCGCUCGGCUCGGCUCGAGGGGACAUGCACGCCUCGCUGCUCGGUGUCCUGGGGCUGGCCCUGCUGGGGGCCCUGCACGCGCAGGAUGGCAUUCCCGUGCAAAGCGACUUCCAGCAGGACAAGCUCACAGGGAGAUGGUACACCAUUGGCCUGGCCUCCAAUUCCAACUGGUUCAAGGACAAGAAGCACCUGAUGAAGAUGUGCACCACAAUCAUCUCCACCACUGCAGAUGGGAACCUGGAAGUCACCUCCACCUACCCCAAGGGUGACCAGUGUGAGACGAGGAACAGCCUUUACAUCAAGACGGAGCAGCCAGGGCGGUUCAGCUACACCAGCCCACGCUGGGGCAGCCAGCACAGUAUCCAUGUGGUGGAGACCAACUACGAGGAGUAUGCCUUGGUGGCCACCCAGAUCUCCAAGAGCACCAGCUCCUCCACCAUGGUGCUGCUCUACAGCCGGACCAAGGAGCUGAGCCCUGAGCGCCUGGAAAGGUUCACCCAGUUCUCCAGGGAGCAGGGCCUGACGGAUGAAGAGAUCCUCAUCCUGCCCUGGACAGACAAAUGCAUGGCGGAUGCUGCCUAGGCAGACCCACCACCGCUGCCAGCUGGAGCCCCGAGCGUGCCGGGACCCGUGGCCAUCCCGCCCGUCCCCACCGCACCCCACACCGCAGCAGCCUUGGCUCCCCUGCUUCGUGCCCCACUCCUGUGCCCCCCUCCCCAUUAAAGCCCAUAGAAAACCA